UAUCGUCAUAUUGGCAUUUUCAAUUUAGCUUGGGCGAGAUGGCCCAAGUGGUUAUAUCGCGAAUUUACUGACCGGAAGGUCCUUGGUUCGAAUCCGACCUCCGCCUCUCGACUUCCCCUGUCUAGGCUUGGGCAACCUGACAGUAUCCCAGCCCUCAUGCUUCCUUCGGGUGGCAUGGCAGCUAAGCACCGGAAGGGUGCUACAGCUGAACGCUUUCUUUUUUCUUUCAAGUUUAGUUUUGACCGGUCAGUGCAAAUGAUAAUUUUCUUCUGGCUUUCAGUUUCAAAGAUGGCCACUAUGGCGGAAUUUAUUCAGCAGUCGGAGGCCAAUGACGGCAUCCGCUUCUCCUGGAAUGCUUGGCCCAUAUCCCGACUGGAAUCGGCGCAGUGUGUGAUACCCAUUGCUUGUUUGUACACAUUAUUCAAGGAGCGAUAUGACCUACCGCCAGUGGUUUAUGAACCUGUGGCCUGCAGCCGUUGUCGUGGAAUUCUCAAUCCGUACUGCCCGUACGAUAUUCGUAGUCGAGUUUGGAGUUGUUGCUUAUGUGGAACGCGAAACAACUUCCCUCCUCAAUACGCUGGCAUGACAGAACAGCGACCGCCCGCCGAACUGGUGCCCCAGUUCACCACCUUGGAAUACACCAUCCCGAAGGCUCCCGCUGUCCCGCCAAUUUUUGUCUUUGUUGUUGACACGUACAUCGAGGAACCGGAGUUUACACAACUGAAGGAAUCUUUGCAAAUGUCUUUGAGCUUUCUACCUCCGAAUGCUCUGGUUGGUUUGAUUACAUUCGGUAAAAUGGUUCACGUGCAUGAGCUCGAAUCCGGACCUAUCUCCAAGUCCUGGGUGUUCAAAGGAACCAAGGAUUACACGGGAAGUCAAAUUCAAGUUAUGCUUGGUGUUGGUCGCACGGCCUUGGCGUUGGUCGUACUGCUCCAGGUGCUCCGGGUGGUGGCCAUUUUACUGGUCAUCAGGCUCCUGGCGGUAAGCCUCCCGGAGCGGAACCAUCACGUAUGGUCACACAACUGCCCUAUAAUCGGUAGCUUUAUCCAACCGAUGGAGAAAUGUGAUGCAGUCCUUACCGACCUGAUAAACGAGCUGCAACCCGACCCAUGGCCUGUUCCUCAAGGCAAGCGACCACUACGCUCUGUCGGAACAGCUUUGAGCAUCACUGUCGGCUUGUUGGAAGCCGCCUACCCGAACACUGGCGCACGUAUCAUGUUGUUCCUCGGUGGCCCGUGUACCCAAGGUCCAGGCAUGGUGGUUGACGAUGACGUGAAGAAUGUGAUCCGCUCACAUCACGACAUAGAGAAGGACAACUGCAAAUACAUGCGCAAGGCAAUGAAGCACUACGAAGCUCUGGCUAAUCGAGCCGCACAAAACUUCCAUGUCGUCGACAUAUUUAGCUGUUCCCUGGAUCAAACUGGUCUGCACGAGUUACGUUUCUUGUGCAACUACACCGGCGGUUUUAUGGUAAUGGGAGACAGCUUUGCGUCCAGUCUCUUCCAGCAGACCUAUCGACGAGUGUUCAACAAAGAUGCUCAAGGUCAUUUCUUGAUGGGAUUCGCUGGUCAAAUGGAAGUUAAGACCUCAAGAGAACUCAAAGUAUCCGGCUGCAUUGGACCUUGCUUCUCUGCGAACAUCAAGACUAGCAACACGGGUGACCAGGAAAUUGGGAUCGGGCACACUUCAGUCUGGCGGUUGAAUGGCUUCACACCGGGAACCACAUUGGCCAUCUAUUUCGAAGUGGCUGGCUCGGUUUCUGGACCGACUCAGAUGCCGCCCGGAGGUCGUGGCUACGUCCAGUUCAUUACCCAGUACCAACAAGCUAACGGGCAGCGCAAACUUCGGGUUACCACAGCCUGUCGGAAUUGGGUCGACUCUAGCACGCAGUUGCCCCAUAUGAUUUGCGGCUUUGAUCAGGAGGCUGCGACCGCUUUGAUUGCUCGAAUGGCCAUGUUCCGUGCUGAAACUGCGGACAGCGCGGAUGUCUUACGGUGGUUAGAUCGCCAGCUGAUUCGGCUAUGCCACAAAUUCGGCGACUAUCGCAAAGACGAUCCGGCCUCGUUCCGCUUACCCGACGAGUUCUCCUUUUUCCCUCAGUUCAUGUUUCACAUGCGUCGAUCGCAAUUCCUGCAAGUGUUCAACAAUAGCCCUGACGAGACGGCCUACUAUCGACACGUACUAAACAAAGAGGACUGUUCCAAUUCACUACUGAUGAUCCAGCCCUCUUUGACUUCUUUCAAUCUGGACGGAACCGAAGAGCCAGUUCUGUUGGAUACGAGCAGUUUACAGCCAGAACGAGUUCUACUCAUGGACAGUUUCUUCCACAUUCUCAUCUAUCAAGGGGACACAAUUGCCAAGUGGCGCAAAGCUGGAUAUCUGGAUAUGCCUGAAUAUGCGCACAUCAAACAGAUUCUCGAAAAACCGCGCCUCGAAGCUGAGGAAUUGCUCAAAACCCGCUUCCCCAUGCCUCGCUACAUUGAAACGGAGCACGACGGAAGUCAGGCGAGAUUCCUCUUGUCCAAAGUCAAUCCGUCUCUCACACACAACACACUGUAUGGGAUUGGUCAAGAUACCGGCAGCGCUGUUCUGACCGAUGAUGUCUCCUUACAAGGUUUCAUGGACCAUCUGAAAAAAUUGGCUGUGUCAAGUUCGGCGUGAUCGCCUACUUCUAUUCAUCGUCAUCCCUAUUCUCAUCACGAACACAUCUAAGUUACAAAUGUCUUGUUUCUCCUGCUCUCUGUUCUGGUUUCGCCUUACUUGUUCGUCCAUCUUUCCUCGAGUUCAGACUCUGCUUCCUUCUUCACCCAUGAUGGUUGUUACCCACCGCUGACCUCAGUAUGUGAGCGGUGUGCUCCUGUACAGCCCGUAUUGUGCUGUCCCUCUGUGUUAUUGCUUAUGCAUCAUCCUACAUCAGUGUUGAAUCCCCCGGACCGCAUAAAGCUUUUGAAAG